CAUACCCUCAAACCUUCUGAAAGCUCCAUCUCGCCAUUCUCAUCUUCACUUUUCUUGUCCAUUCCAUCAAACCCAAGAUUACCCAUCUUCUCUACUGCAAAUCAACAAUCAAGCAAUUCUAUUCCUUCAAUUCAAAUGGGUUGUUCUGCUUCUCGUCCUUCUCAGCCGUACACCUUCACCACCACCACCAUCACCACCAGCGCCGCCUCCCCUUUCCCUGAUCACCAACACCCACCCUCCAAUUCCUCCACUUCUUCACCAUCUCCUCACCAUUUCUACUCCCCUUUCUCAGAUCAGUAUUACAACUCUUCCUCAACCCAAACCCCUGUUUCUCGAACCAUGUCUCUUCCCACGCCGCUCAUCCACCACCCGCCGCUGCGAAAAGGCGAUUCCAAUCACUUUGUAUCCCUCACUUCCACCACUUAUGGUUCCCUAAUCCUCAUCGACGACGCCAACAACCAUAACAGCCGCAUCACCUCCACCGACACCAACAAAACUCCGGAAGAAUAUCCGGCGUCGUCUCCGGACUCGGUGAUUAACACCUGGGAGCUCAUGGAAGGAUUGGAUGAUGAAUUCGAUAUCAUUGAUGUUAAUUCGAAGGAACCCAGUUCGUACAAGGGGAAAAUCAGUAAUGGGUCGAAGGAAAAAAGCUACGUUUCAUUCGGUUUAGGUGGUCCUUAUGAAUUGGUGGAGUAUUCAGAUACUAAGCCUUUAUGGAAGCAUUUAUCUGAAGAAUCACUGCUAUCGAAAAUGGAUUCUAAUUUGGUUUCUAGUUAUAAAAAAGCAUUAUCCUCUCGGCAUUUGGGUUGCAAAGAACCCAAAUCAGUAACUCAAUCUGUUAGUGAGAUUACAGUCGCUGAUGAUCCAACUGACAACAAUCUGGGUUUUCGUUUAUCUGGUUCUGAAGAUAGAAUCGUUUUAUACUACACAAGUCUAAGAGGAAUCAGAAAAACCUAUGAAGAUUGCUGUGAAAUUCGAUUGAUUUUGAAAGGGUUUCGAGUGUUCGUAGAUGAAAGGGAUAUUUCAAUGGAUUCGGAUUACAGAAAGGAAUUGCAGGGUGUGUUUGAAGGCAAAGGAUUCAGUCUGCCACAAGUGUUCAUCAGAGGAAAGCUUAUCGGUGGUGCCGAUGAGAUCAGACUACUUCACGAAGAAGGAAAAUUGUUUGAUUUUAUGAAGGGGUUUCCUGUUAUCGAUCCUGGAUUUGUUUGUGAAGCUUGUGGAGAUGCAAGAUUUGUGCCAUGCCCGAAUUGCAAUGGGAGCAGGAAGGUUUUCGAGGAAGAAGAAGGGAGGUCGAUUAGGUGUCCAAAUUGCAAUGAGAAUGGACUGAUCAGGUGUGCAACUUGUUGCUGUUGAUUGAUUGCUUGAAUAUGAUUAAUCACACGUAUAUAUAUAUAAUCGAUUAAUAGGGCAGUUCGUUAAGGAUAUGAUGGUGAUGAUGAUGAUGAUAGUAUCGUUGGUGCACUUGGUAUUUAAAUUCUUGAAUCUUGUUCAUCUUCUUGAUGUUGGUUGUUGGUUACUAUGUCUAUCCAAAAGAGCUUCAAGCAAUAAGAAGAUCAAUGUUUAUGCCC